CUAAUUUUAAUAACGACAAACCAGAAGUGGGCGAAAAGUUUGAAUAUAUGAAAGAUGUUAGUCGGGUCAUGUCAGCGUCAAGUACUCAAUCGCCACAAACUAAAAUUUAUUUAGCUAAAAAUAGUGGUGGAAUACAAAAACGUGCGUUCGUACCAACAGUGCUAAAGCCUUUCAAAUUUUAUACUGAAUCGCGGGACAAUAACUCUCCUAAUAAAGAAAAUUCCCCAAACCCACCAUUUAUUCCAUUAGCUUACGGUGUGCAACAAUUUUUAGAAAGUCCAACCAGAUUCGAUGCUAAGACUGGUAAAUUACGUUCAAAUACCUUAACUGUACCGAAAUCUCCGUACUUGCGCACUAAAUAUAGGUCUAAACCCACUACUAUAUUACCUUCACCAACACAUGUCAUUAAAGCUAAUCCCGUACCCGAUUAUAAAGAACCAUAUAGACCGGUGAUUGAACACCGGCUAAUCGAAUUACCAAUGUUUAGUUUACCUGGUGAGGAAAUUUCCAAGAGGAAAUCACAAGAAAUUGAAGAAAGGAUUCGUCAAGAAAAUGAGAAAAUGGAAAAGAUGCGUGAAUUUAAAGCGCAACCACUUCCUACUGGUUUCCAUAAUUGUCCUACACGUCCUUAUUAUUCACCAACUCACCCAAAACCAUUUGCAUUGUUAACUAAUGAUCGUGGAGAAAAAUAUCAAAGAGAAUUUUAUGAGAAAGUGAGAAAAGAGCAGGAAUAUUACAAAGAAAAUCGAUUCCAUGCACAACCUCUCCCCAAUUUUAAGCGUGAAGUUCCUAGAAAACCUGAAUGUCCUCCACCAACAGAACCAAUUGGUUUUUUCUUUUUUACUGAUACUCGUAUGGAAGAACGUCAUAUUUUUGACGAACACAGAAGAUUCCGAGAGAAGGAAGCUGAGGAACAAAGAUUGGCAGAGAUCAGGGAGAAAGAGAUACGCAAUGCGGAGGAAAUCCGUCGGUUAAGAGCAAAUUUAGUUCAUCACGCUCAACCUAUUCGAUAUUAUACACCGAUAAAUAUAAAACCAUCGAAUAAAAAACCGACAAGACCAAUUUCUCCCAUGAUCGGUGAAAAACGACGUAAAUAUAGAGAUUCACUAUCUAAGCACGUCUGAAAUCUGUGUCCGCAUAUGCUGCCACAAUCCACAGAUCUUGACUUGUGUGACGUGAUUUUUUAGUUCUUUGAUUUUUUUCCUCUUAAUUCUUAUUUUUAUUAUCUUAUUCUAUUCAUUAUCUAUAUUUAUGUUUUUGUUUUUCUAGUUUCUGUCUCUUUAAUCUUUUUCAUCUUUACAAUUCCUCUGCUUUUUAUUACUCUUUUUUAAAUCUGCU